CCGGCUCGGGUGCAAAGUUUCAGCCGUCUGCAAAUCAAAGUCUACGGCUAACGUUUCUGAAAUAUACCCUCGUCUUCUAAUUUGCCCAGUUGACCGCUUUUGAGAAACCAACAUCUGUCUUUGCUGCAUCUGGAAUUGGAGUCGGUUGUAAUCGUACGAUAAUGACGAAUUUUUAGCGAGCAUAUACAUAUUUACAAUACGUGGUGGAAUCCCAUCAUAUGCUUCCAGUCUCGAUUGGCUCGCUACAGAUAGCAUAUUGUAAGCUAACUAGCUAGCUAACUCAGUUAUCUAAAUAAGUGACCAGCGGAUAAAAAUGGCUUGUGAGCCUAAUCGUGUGCGGCUACUAUGCAUGCUUUCAUUGACAUUUGGCUUUUUUAUCGUGGAGGUAGUCGUCAGUCGGAUCACGGCAUCUUUGGCAAUGCUGUCGGACUCCUUUCAUAUGCUAUCGGAUGUCAUAGCGCUGGUUGUGGCUUUGGUGGCGGUGCGCUUCGCUGAGAAAACGCAAUCGACUAAUAAAAACACCUUCGGAUGGAUCCGGGCGGAGGUGAUGGGGGCUCUGGUAAACGCAGUGUUCCUCACAGCUCUCUGUUUCACCAUUAUCUUGGAGGCCGUCGAGCGAUUCACCAACCCACAUGAAAUCGAGAAACCCCAUGUAGUCAUCGGUGUGGGGGCCGCCGGGCUCCUGGUCAACCUCCUCGGGCUGUGCUUGUUCCACGGACACGCAGGUGGUGGACACGGGCACUCUCACGGAGGAGGCCAUUCUCAUGGAAAUAAGAAAAACAAGAGGGGUAAAAUAUGCAAGUCAGAAAGACCGAAUGGAUCAUCAGGAGAGGAGUCCAACAACCUGGUGGGAAGCCACAACAGCCCCCCUAAUGGCGUGAACACCGAGAGACAUAGACAUGGUAAGUUAUGUCAUUCAUUUGUCUAUUACAUUAAGUAGCUAUACUGUCAACACACUGUAUAGAUGUAGCUACUGUACUUGGCUAGCUACAAUCUUUUCACUGAGAAUUUGACAAUUUGGCCCCCAAUGAUACUGUUAUGUUUUUCACCUCGGGUUCAUUGUACUACUAUGAAUCAUAUCAAGACAGCUCUUCAUUAUGAUAUCAUAACCACACUAGCCUGUCUCAGGUUUUAUGCUGUUUCAUCGAUGGAAAUAAGAUCAUAUAUUAUUGGGGAGUGGGGGCAAACAGAGCACACACUCGCAUAAUCUCACACAGACAGGAAUUGUAUUCAAAGAACUGAAAUUGGAAGGCCUACUCAAUAUGGAGCUGUCUUUAGUCCAAAGCCAUCUCUGUGGUUUUCGUUAACCCUUUCAUAUGUUUGCCUUUGAGGGUUAGACAAUCAACACAGCCAGUGUCACAUGGUCUUGGCUGGGUUUCUUCUGUAUUGUAGAUGGAUCAAUAUCCAUUACAAUCUCAAAGGUGUAACUGAGCUGAUGUGGGUCUCUUGGCUUGGGCAUCAUCAGUAUAUCUAUCAAAUGUUGCCAUAUACAGUACCAGUCAAAAGUUUGGACACACGUACUCAUUCAAGGGGUUUUCUUCUACAUUGUAGAAUAAUAGUGAAGACAUCAAAACUAUGAAAUAACACUUAUGGAAUCAUGUAGUAACCAAAAAAGUUGUAUAUAUUUCACAUUUGAGAUUCUUCAAAUAGCCACCCUUUGACUUGAUGACAUCUUUGCACACUCUUAGCAUUCUCUCAACCAGCUUCACCUGGAAUGCUUUUCCAACAGUCUUGAAGGAGUUCCCACAUGCUGAGCACUUGUUGGCUGCUUUUCCUUCACUCUGCCGUCCGACUCAUCCAAAACCAUCUCAAUUGGGAGGCCAGGUCAUCUGAUGCAGCACUCCAUCACUCUCCUUCUUGGUAAAAUAGCCCUUACAGAGACUGGAGUUGUGUUGGGUCAUUGUCCUGUUGAAAAACAAAUGAUAGUCCCACUAAGCCCAAACCAGAUGGGAUGGCGUAUUGUUGCAGAAUGCUGUGGUAGCCAUGCUAAUAAAGUGUGCCUUGAAUUAUAAAUAAAUCACGGACAGUGUCACCAGCAAAACACCCCCACCCCAUAACACCUCCUCCUCCAUGCUUUAUGGUGGGAACUACACAUGCAGAGAUAAUCCGUUCACCCACACCGCAUUUCACAAAGACACGGCGGCUGUUACCAAAAAUCUCAAAUUUGGACUCCAGACCAAAAGGACACAUUUCCACCUGUCUAAUGUCCAUUGCUCGUGUUUCUUGGCCCAAGGAAGUCUCCUCUUCUUAUUGGUGUCCUUUAGUAGUGGUUUCUUUGCAGCAAUUCGACCAUGAAGGCCUGAUUCACACAGUCCCCUCUGAACAGUUGAUGUUGAGAUGUGUCUGUUACUUGAACUCUGUGAAGCAUUUAUUUGGGCUGCAAUUUCUGAGGCUGGUAACUAAUUAAUUUAUCCUCUGCAGCAGAGGUAACUCUGGGUCUUCCAUUCGUGUGGCAGUCCUCAUGAGAGCCAGUUUCAUCAUAGCGCUUGAUGGUUUUUGCGACUGCACUUGAAGAAACUUUCAAAGUUCUUGAAAUGUUCAGUAUUGACUGACCUUCAUGUCUUAAAGUAAUGAUGGACUGUCGUUUCUCUUUGCUUAUUUGAGCUGUUCUUGCCGUAAUAUGGACUUGGUCUUUUACCAAAUAGGGCUAUCUUCUGUAUACCCCCACCUACCUUGUCACAACACAACUGAUUGGCUCAAACGCAUUAAUUUGUGGAAUUUCUUUCCUUCUUAACUUUUAAGAGUUAAUUUAAAUGCAUUCCAGGUGACUACCUCAUGAAGCUGGUUGAGAGAAUGCCAAGAGUGUGCAAAGCUGUCAUCAAGGCAAAGGGUGGCUAUUUGAAGAAUCUCAAAUAUAAAAUAUAUAUUGAUUUGUUUAACACUUUUUUGGUUACUACAUGAUUCCAUAUGUGUUAUUUCAUAGUUUUGAUGUCUUCACUAUUAUUCUACAAUGUAAAAAAUAAAGAAAAACCCUUGAAUGAGUAGGUGUGUCCAAACUUUUGACUGGUAGUUAAGGCCUAAGCUAUAUGAGCCCAUUUACCAGACAGACCAGUGGCUCACAAAGAGUAAUGGUUGGGCAGAGGCACAAUUACAUCUGUAGUUUUCAGUUUUUAACAGAAACAGUGAUAGGGCUAUAUUCUUUGUAAUAUUCGUAGAUGUCAGCGACUGGUAUCAGCAGUGACUUGAUACAGAACAAUGUGGCCCAUGACUGCCUAUUCUGCGCACACCAUUUUGAAAUAAUGCCUUUUGCGGAGGCCAUGAGAGUGCACGACAGACCCUUGUAAUUGAAUCUAUUAUCUCAAGGGACUGCCAUCAUUAUUUUUGCCACUUCAGGAAACACAAUUAUUCCCAUUUCUGGAGAAAUAUGACCAGGUUCUGCCUCUAAGCUUGUCUGUAAAAUACACUGCUUCAUAAACCUGUGCCCCCUUUGCAUGCUCACUGUAACAUUACAAAUAACUUUAAUCAAACUUAUCUGGAGAAUCUGACCUAGGGUCAGCCUGCAGAUGUUUUACAUGGUGGCGGACGUGUCAUGACUUGUUUCAAAACCAAAAUGGUGAAAGUCCCAGCCAUCCAGAUUUUGUCCCUCAAGUUACAUUGAGUAUUUGAAGAGAACAGUCCAGGCUUUCAAAUCGUGACCUUAUCAGAAGACAUUUCAUCCGUAUUAUCCGUAAAUUGUCUUCCUUCACAAAACCCACGUGUUAUAAGCAGUUGUUUUAUCAUAUUAACAGGAUAUCAUGGUGUAAACAUGGCAAUCCACCAGAUUCAGAACAUGACCAUGAUCUCCUUACUGAUACUAGGGUCAGGGAGCUGAGAGCUGCCCUCUGCCUCCUGUUUGGACAGAAAAUGGUUAAACCAGGAGACCGUAAGUUUCCCCUCUACACUGGGCCUGUCCGGCUCUGCCAGUUUCAGUAAAUGGAGCCCAUUUCUCCCUCCUCCAUGCACUGAUCGCAGCAACCCGGCCAUACAUCAUCCCAAGCAGUGACACGACCGAAAGCCCCUUACUCAGCCACACCAUUAGGCCCUGAGGAAUUACCCCUACGUCACUGAGUGCCGGGACAGAGGCUAUUAACCUAGCGCUAGUUCUGGUGCCAUUGGCCAUUAUGUAGCCGUAUGAGUCGUAGCGUAGUGCUAGGCCAUCACACUGUCUGCUGACAUGAAUGGAAUUUCCUCAAGGUGUUAAGCAGGGGCAGUCUGUUGUGGUUGGUUAAUUUACUGGCUUCUACCACCAUGCCGGUUGUAGUGCACGUCCAGAACGGGAACUGGGAAGGCCUGCCUCAGGUGAUGUACUACGGCCUACAUUCUUCCCUACGUGGAAGUAAAUUGUUUUAUUUAAUGUCGAACAUGUCUUAGCUUCUUAUCAAGGUGUUUAUCACCUCGGGCAGCCGUAACUUACGGCACAUCAACCAUGUCCUCCAAAAACUCUGAUGCAUUCAUAAAUCAUUAUGGUUUGUUUGGGUCAGUAGUUGGACGAGGUAGCUAAUAAAUCGCAGCUGGAUGUAAGUCAUUCAUGAUUAAGAUUUCCAGUCAUUCCUCAUCUUUGUAAACAUCAGCAUUUCCUUUUCUCCAUCCCUUUGAUGCAAGAGUCUCUGCCAUUCUUCCUAUCAUCCUCUCAAAUAUGUUGUCUCUGUUCAAAUACUAGAAAUGCAUCCUUCGUACCUUCCUUGAAGUAAUCUUGGAUCUGAAUUGGUUCUCAUUGGGGAUGGUGGUCACUUGCUUUCACUUAUCCAAUCAUUUAUAGAUCAAUGGUUAUCUCAAGAAAACUAGGAAGGAUGCAUUUCUAACAGGGCUGUGCUUUUGCACAACCGCCCCCCCCUGGACCUCUUUAACCCCUUGUCCCCCUGUCUUCUUCCUUCAGAGAUCGUUCGCAACGACAGCGAGGUGCAUAUGAACGGCAGCGUCGUCUACGAGGACAUGGACCACAGCCACGACGAGGCCUCGCUCAACAUGCGUGGAGUCUUCCUGCACGUGCUGGGUGACGCCCUGGGCUCGGUCAUUGUGGUGGUCAACGCCCUCAUCUUCACCUUUGUGUGGCGGCCGUGCCCGCCUGGCGAGACCUGCUUCAAUCCCUGCCACUCGACCGACCACCAGCAUGUCAACCACACCCUGGUGGACCUGUUUGUGGACAGCAACGGUUCUAGCUUUCAGCGGACCAUGGUGGGGCCCUGCUGGGUGCUCUACCUGGACCCCACGCUGUGCAUCAUCAUGGUGGGCAUCCUGCUCUACACCACCUACCCGCUGCUCAAGGAGUCUGCGCUGAUCCUCCUGCAGACGGUGCCCAAGCAGAUCGACAUGCACCGCCUUAACGAGCGGCUGCUCUUGCUGGACGGUGUGCUGGCCAUUCAUGAGCUGCACAUCUGGCAGCUGGCGGGCUCGCGCAUCAUCGCCACAGCGCACAUCAAGUGCCAUGACCCCACAUCCUACAUGGACGUGGCCAAGCGCAUCAAGGACUUCUUCCACAACGAGGGCAUCCACGCCACCACCAUCCAGCCCGAGUUUGUCACGGUCAACUCCGAAUCAAGUGCCUCCCUAUGCGAGCUCUCCUGCCGGACGCAGUGCGCGCCCAAGUUGUGCUGUGGCGCCACAGACAAGCCGGGUGUUGCCGGCACUGGUCCGGCAGGCACGGAGAAGGGGCCGAGCGGCGAGGGGAAGGCGCUGGCGGCCUCAGCAAUGGAGGUGAUCAGCGAGAUCCCAGAGGGAGCAGCUGGAGCCGGAGCUUCAGUUCUGGAGCAGGCGGCCGCUGCAGUCAUCCAGGUGGUCCCCCGGAUCCCAGAGCCCGAGGUCAUUAUCACUCGAGAGGUGGAGUCUUCUCUGUGA